CUCCGCGGCAUGUGGGAUCUUCCCGGUCUGGGGCACGAACCCGUGUCCCCUGAAUCGGCAGGCAGGCUCUCAACCACUGCGCCACCAGGGAAGCCCCUAAGUGAUUGAAUUUUGAAAGCACUUAUUGAAUCAAACCAACCCAUGCUCUUAUUGAAUUUUUAAGUUGCUCUGUUAAUUUGAUAUUAAAGCAAAAUUAAAAGAUGUCUUAGUUUUUCUCAUAGAACUUUGAUAUGUCAAAAGCCAUAUUGUCUAAAUGUGUUUCUUAAGCAAAUACUGAGUAGUGUUUUAAAUUCAGACUUAAGAGCUUCUAUUGUGAAUGUAUAAGAAUGAUUAAUACUGUUUUUAAAGACUUCUUUCUUUUAAUCAUACAUUCAGGAAAUAUUUUAAUUUCAUGGUCACAGAAUGGUGAUUAAGUAAUACCUGUUGUUUUCUUUUCUUUUCUAGUAACUAAGAGGAGAUAGUUAUUUUAUUUGUUGUAGCAAAUUCCUACAUGAAAAUUAGGCAAAUGGUAUCAUAUCUGGCCAGCUGCAACCUCCUGCCUUGACCUUCAUUCCUAGGGUUUCUUUGUUGUUGUGACUCUUGAUUAAGUGGCCUUGGGUUCAUUUUGUAAUUUUGCUAGUCAUCAGCAAAUUCACUUGUAUGACAUUAUUGUCAAGUGAGAAUGCAGUUGAGUUACUGUGAUUCCGGUAUAGGGUUGUGCCAUGUAGAAAACCUUACGUUUAUUGACAUUUACCUAUGUUCAUUGAAUUUAUCUCAUUAAAUGUCAUUACCGUUGUCUGUUGUCAAGUCUGAAUGUCUAUGCUUUAUUUGAAUUUAAAAUGGGACUUCCAACCUGUUUUAGCUCAGUUCUUAAUUCACUAAGGUACUGGGAGAAAGCUGACAUAAGAAAAUGGUGUUUUUACUGAAAGAAAAAAGGCAAAUAUGAGUCCAAUUUAAUUCAUAUUCUAUAUCAUCAAGUUGACUAAUCAUAUCAGAUUACAUUUAUUCCUCAUUUUAUAUAUAUAUACAUUAACUUAAAGUAAAAAAACAGUAUGAAGGAAUUCACUUAUACAUUCAUUCUAUAAAUGUUUAUUACAAUUAUUAAAUAUAAACAGGUUCAACUUACCUUAAAAAGAAGGCUUGCAAACUUACAGCAAUUGUCAUAUUAGUAGUAAAACAUUUGAUGUUACUAUCACAGUUUCUAUUCAACAUUUUGCUGGAAGCCACACCUGGUGCAGAAAUUAAAAUUAAAUGUAACUAUUAGCAAGGAAGAGACAAAAUUGUUAUCAUACAGUAGGAUUAUCUACUUAGAAAAUCCAAGGACUGAUUUUUUUAAAAAGUCACCAGUUUAGAAAACAAAACAAAGUUUAACCAUCCAAGUAUACACAAAGCAAAGAAAUAUUUAAGAUGAAAAACAAUUAAACUAUAGUCUAUGUUUUCUUCCUCAUGCUGGAACAAAUAUUAAAGAAGCAGUGACUGCUUAUGUUAUAUCUGAUAAAAUAAAUUUCACAAUCAAAAUUUGAAUGGUAAAUAAAGAUGAAAUUUACAUUAAAUAAUGAAAACCUAGUAGUACUGAUUUGGUCAUUUUAAAGAACAUAAUGCCAAAAUACAUGAAAGAAAAGUAGACAGAAAUGUGAGAGCAGGCAGAAAUGUAUACAUACUUCGAUAGUUUGUUUCUUAUAGAAAUAGGUUAAUAUGGAGACAAAAGGUACUUCUCUAAAAUAACAUCUGUGUUGUAGAGGAUAUGUUGGAGGAUAAUUUCAAAAUAAUGAAAAUUCAAAUCUAUGCAAGCAAAUUUAUGUGAUGAUACCCAAGCAGUACUAUAAAGAAAAAAAUCAUGCUUUAAAUAUCUGUAUUAGGGAUAAGGCGUAAGUAAAUGUUUUCUUUUUCUUUUUUUUAAGGAGUUUGUGGUUAGAAUUUAGAAAGAGAACAAAAGAAAUCAAAGUGGAAUAAGAAAACCAAGCAUGAAUGACAAAAAUUAGAAAAAUAUAUGAAACCAUUAAUUGGUUCUUACAGAUUAAAUUGGUAAAAUGUCAGCUCAAUCGUAAAAGUACAAAUUAGUACAUUUAUAAUUGAAUAGGAGAUAUAUAAAAUAAAUCAAUUAGAUUUGAAAAGAGAGAUCUGUCAGCUUGAUGCUAAAAAUUUAAUUACUAGUAUCAAAAUAUCUGGCUCCUUAUAAUGAUAUAAUAUGAUAAAACUGACAUUUAAAAGAGAAUAUGUCCAGACUGGUUAUGAGAAAUAAUCCAUAAAUUGUCAGAAAUAACCAAUUAAAAUGUCAUCUGCUUGUGAUGGCUGUCCUGAGACUUUUCCAAAGUAUCAAAUAACAAAUCAUUUCCAUAUACUCCCAAAGUAUAGAAAAUGAUAGCAAGAUACCCAGUUCCUUUGCUGAAGUAAAUGUAAUUUUCAUUAAAAAAAGUAAAAAGCAAUAUAAUAUAAAGACAUUUAGGAGAUUCUUAUUUAUGAACAUAGAUGCAAAAAUCCUAAUAAAAUCUCAGAAAAUUGAAUAGAGAAAUAUUUGGAAGAACUGCUAACAUAAUUCUAGAGUUACAAAGUUCAUAUAACAGCUGCAGAACACAUUACAUUAAUAAAAAACAAUAAAAUCGUACAUCACUGUAAUAUACACCAAAAAGGCAUCUGAAAAAGUUCAAUGUCUAUUUCUAAUUAAACUUAAAAAAAAACUCUCUAAAAGUAUGUUUUAGAAGAAAGAAUAAUAGAACCCCAGAAUAUUAGAGCUGUAUGGGGCCUCACAAGUGAUUAAAUUCUAGCCUCAUGUUUUAUAGAUGAAAAACAUAGCCAGGGAGAUUAAAUGACUUACCCAAGGUCACUGAACUUGAUGGUAGGUCUUCUGACUACUAGUCUAGCUUGCUAUUAUCUGUUACUUUUCUUAUAAAUAGAAACAAGGGUGCUUCCUGUCAUUUCUAGUAUUUAGCAUCAUAAAAAAGAAAAGGAAGUAAUUGAAUCCAAUCCAUUUACCCCUGCUACUUCAUCUCUGGUAAGUAACCAGUUGGUCAUCUAGCUUCUGCUUGAAUACUUCUAAUGUUUGGAGAAUCCUUUACUUAGUGGUGGUGGCCAUUUUGGAAAGCUGUACUUGAAAGAUGGUUUUGUGUACUGAACCAAAAAUCUGCCUUUCUGGACCAUCCUGGAAUUGUCGGACCAGUAGCUUCCAAGGUGGGAUGUGUGGAGGUAUGCACAAGGCCAUCCUUUGAGGUAAGGGAAGAAAAUAUCUGUGUAUAUUUAUUUUUUAUCUUAAAAAGAGAAAAUUAGCUUUUUGCUAAUAUUUAAAAUAUGGCUUGAUAUGAGAUAUCUGACUUGGCCUACAUAGCAUACCUAUCAUUUAGCAGGGGUGAUAUUAAAAACAAAAAAUUCUGUGGCUGAAGCACUGACCAAUCAGAAUGAAUGAUGGUCACAAGCAGUCUGGUCCAAAAUCAGCCCUGCACACUAGAUACCUGAGGGAAAACUGGGAAUAACUAAAUGUAAGUUGAUGGUGGUUUGUUUUAUUGCAGUUUAUCUGUGUGUGGUUAAGUGGAUUUAAGGCUUAUCAAAUGAUUCUUGUGAAUAACCACAAAUUGAAGAUAAUACAAUAAAACAAGCACAAGUGAACAAGUGGAAAAUGAUAGAGCCUUUUCCUUAACCUCCCACUAAUCUGUCCUUUCAAGAUAAAGUUACCAUUUUAACAAUGAGUGAGAAAGUGACAACUUUUCUAAAGGAACUAAUUUUAUGGAGAGAGUGUUUUGAAAACUAAUAUUUUGGAGUGUUUUCACCAUUAAACAAUUGCCAAAAACCAGAUAUCUAUAAAAACGUAUUUUUACACACUUAAUAGAGAUAUUCUAACCUAUAAAAUAUUCCAAAAAGGAUCAUUUCCAUGGGUUUAAUUUGUUAAAAAUAUAACACCUUCCUCUUAACAUUUAACAACAACUAAUUGACAUCUGGGAAGAUUAUUAUUGUCAGAUGAGACUGAAAAAUGAGUAUACUUUAGUAAAUCUUCCAUUCAGAUAUCCUUUCAGUUGGAACCCCAUAUCGCCUUACUAUCCUAAUGAAUAGAAAUUCUUGUUAUAACCACAAAAGGAAAUAAAGUAUACCAGUGUAGGAGUGUAGAAAUUAAUUAAAUUAAUUUUUUUUUUCUGCAAGAUGAAAUGACAAUACUUAGAAAACAAGUGAAUUGACCAAAAAAAUACUAGAGGUUAAAAAUGAACUUAGCAAAGUUGCUUUCCUAAAUACAAUUCAAAAUAGACUGAGAUUGAUUGGUAUGGAAUCAUUGAUAUGAUUCCAUCACUAUGACAUUCUGGGAAAGGAGGGAGAACAGAUCUAUGGUGGUUUAGAAGCUAGCGUGGGGAGAUUUACUAUGCAAAGGGGCAGGAAGAAACAUUUGGGUGAGAGCCUUGAUUGCGGUGAUGUAUAUACCUUGUUAGAAUUCACAGAACUGUACACUUUAUAAAGAAAGGUGAAUUUUACUGAAUGUAAAUUCUCUCUCAAUACACUUGACUUUAAAAAGUGGACUGAGAAAAGGUGAUUUCAUUCCCAAAGGGGGCAAAAAUCAGUAUAUACGUGGGUGUUCAUACGAGCAUUAUAAAAUGAAAAGCACAGUGGAGCAAUAAAGGCAGAUCCUUAAUAGUAAGAGCCUCUUCCUGGUUGGAAAGACCAAAGACAGCCAAGCUGACUUUGGGCACACUAGGGCCGUAGCGCGAGGGAGGACUCGUGGUCCGACUGCGCAGGUGGGUUCCUGCCCGGGGGCGGGGCCUCGGGAGCGCGGGGCCUCGGGAGCCCUGGGCCUACGGAGCGCUGGGCCUCGAGAGCCGGCUGCUGGGGACCCAAGUUCCAAGGUCUGGAGGCCGAGGAGACAUGGCCACCACCCGUGACGCUGAGAUCCGGAAGGACGUGCAGACCCACUACGGGCAGGUGCUGAAGAAAUCAGCAGACCUCCAGACCAAUGCGUGUGUCACUGCAGCCAGGCCAGUCCCUAAGCACAUCCGGGAAGCCCUGCAGAAUGUAAAUGAGGAAGUAUCCUUGAGAUAUUAUGGCUGUGGUCUGGUCAUCCCUGAGUGUCUGGAAAACUGCUGGGUUUUGGACCUGGGGAGUGGAAGUGGCUGAGACUGCUAUGCACUUAGUCAGCUGGUUGGUGAGAAGGGACAUGUUACCGGAAUAGACAUGACAGAAGGUCAGGUAGAAGUGGCUAACAAGUACAUUGAAUAUCACAUGGAAAAAUAUGGCUUCCAGGCACCCAAUGUGACUUUUAUUCAUGGCUACAUAGAGAAGUUAGGAGAAGCUGGAAUCAAGAAUGAGAGUUAUGAUAUUGUUAUAUCCAAUUGUGUCAUUAACCUUGUACCUGAUAAACAGCAAGUGCUGCAGGAGGUAUAUCGAGUGUUAAAGCACGGUGGGGAGCUAUAUUUCAGUGACGUCUAUGCUAGCCUUGAAUUGCCAGAAGAAGUCAGGACACACAAAGUUUUAAGGGGUGAGUGCCUGGGUGGUGCUUUGUACUGGAAGGACCUUGCUAUCCUUGCCCAAAAAAUUGGGUUCUGCCCUCCACGUUUGGUCACUGCCAAUUUAAUUACAGUUCAAAACAAGGAACUAGAAAACAUGAUCUGUGACUGCCGUUUUGUUUCUGCUACAUUUCGCCUUUUCAAACUCCCUAAGACAGGACCAACCAAAAGAUGCCAGGUUGUUUACAAUGGAGGAAUCACAGGACACGAAAAAGAACUAAUAUUUGAUGCAAAUUUCACAUUUAAGAAAGAUGAAACUGUUGAAGUGGACGAAGAAACAGCAGCUAUCCUGAAGAAUUCACGAUUUGCCCAAGAUUUUCUGAUCAGGCCAAUUGGAGAGAAGUUGACGACAUGUGGAGGCUAUACUGCUCUUGAAGCAAAGGAUAUAAUAAAAGAUCCAUUCAAGCUUGCAGAAGGGUCUGACAAUGCAAAGUCCAGAAGUCCCCCUGAAGCUGCCAGCGGCUGCUGAGGCACAGAGAAGUGCUGCUAAAACAACAGCUGACCAGAAGACAGCUGGGCAGGAGGUGAAAGAAUGAGUUACACGUCUUAACCUGCUCUUCCCCACAGCCCAUACCACAAGAAAAGGCAAAACUCCACCGUAUUUUAGAUUAAAAUUAAUGAAUUAUUUUUACAAAGUAUUAAUUAAAGGUUCACAGCAAAAUCAUCUAAAGACUAGUUAAGCAGUUUUUCUCUUAACCGAGUCUGGUGCCACCUAGUGGCAAGAAAUGGAACUGAGAAGCAGUCUGAAAGCUUGGCUGAUGGGCAAGAAAGGCUUCGGAAAUAACAGUUGGCCAGGGGCCUCAGGGAGAACAUCUUCCUUCUGACCUGCAUAGCACCUUUUGGACUUUUCACCAUGUUUUUUCAUUAAACAGAGCUCCUACUGAACUCAUGCUAAUCAUGCCAAAAGAUUGCCAAAUCAAAUUUGGUAGGAGUGCUCUUGAGGUAAUUGG